AGCCAACAGUUGGCUGCGCAUGCGUGAGCUAAAUAACUACACGAAUUUUUCACUUCUUUCUCUUCCCAAAACUGAAAGCCGUAACAUUUCAUUGUGAUGCUCAAAUAACAUAGUCAUAAGUGAUAUAGUAGAAGUAGUGACCGUUAUCGUAAAAAGUAAAAGUUAGUUCGUUAAAGUAAAAAAUAGUGCAGUGAAAAUGUCGCCUAAAUUACCAGUGCCACCCUUGCAAGAGAUCACAUUAUCGUUGGUAGCCAGACAACUUAUCCACACUCUUUCGAGAGUAGCCUCAGAAGAAGAUGUCGCCCUGCCAUUCGCCAUGGUCUCCUCCUACUACGAAAGCAUGGGAGCCACCAGUGACAUAUUUCAAGAUCUACUCAAUUUAAUACUUACCUCUGAAUACCUCGAUCCGUCUAUUAGAUACUUCACCAUGCGAUUGUUGCUCAAAGAAAAUGUCAAAAGUCUAGCGACCGGAAUAUUCCCUUGCCCUUAUUACAGAAAAGUCCUUGAGCUCAUUACCGAGCAAGGGCAUCACUUGACGUCGCUCAACCUGAAGGGCGUAUGGGUGAAAGACGAGCAUUUAGCACUAAUGUACCAGUUAAUUAAGAAUUUAAGCAAUUUGACCGCCUUGAAUAUACCCUACAUCGCCAAUGAUGAAGUGCUCAAGUUCAUAGGAGAGCACAACAAGGUUUUAAAACUACUGGAUAUAUCUGGCGAGACAGAUAUUACGGAGAUAGGUAUAGAUGCCAUGUUGAGAGGCAAUCCACAGCUGACGCAAAGUCUGACAGUAGUAAACAUUGGAAUGUACGGCGAAGAGAACAUUGACCAUACUGAUGUAGCUUUACUAAUAAGACAACUGCCAAACUUAACAAAUCUCGGCAGCUAUUCGUUUGUAGGAAAAUCAAUCUAUCAUAUCUACAAUACGGACUGCCCUCCGAAUUUCAAAACGAAGUUGCAAUAUUUACACGAUGUCCAAACUAAUUUACGGACGAUGAAAGCCAUCGUUGCUCUCUGCCCUAUGUUAGAGACGAUAUAUCUUGAAGAGCCUGAACAGGGAGUGUUACAAUUGAUCAAGGAGAUGAAUUACUUGAAUAAGAUUAAGUUAAACAAAUUUCAGUGUCAUGAACUGCAUCAGUUGCUAGAUAAGAUAGGAUAUAAAAUUGUCACGCUGAUGCUUUCUGCGUCUCUGGGGUCUUUCAACUUUACCAGGAUAGCAGAAACGUGUAGGAACUUGGAGAGUUUAGAGUUCUACCAGAUUCAAACGGCGACGCACGAAGAAGAGAUUCCGUUUAAUAAGCUGGAGCACAUUGAGAUCAUCCAUGGGAACCUAUCGACGCCGUGUCUCAAGUACGUGAUGACCGCAAGCCCUAAUCUUAAGAAGCUGAUCAUAGGUGAUGAGAUCAGACUGGAUGACAACGACAUGUCACGAAUGGUUCGCCGCUACAAAUUCGAUAACCUCGAAGGCAUUUGGUUCCCGAACGCGCCGCGCCUCACCCGCGACACAGUGGAACUCCUCAUGGAAUGCUGCCCCAAGCUGCAAAGCCUGGGCCAGCUCAGCGGCUGGCAGUUCACGCCCGACGAUAUGAUGCUGAUGAGAGCCAUCAUAGCUAGCACUAAUAUCGACCUUGUUCUGUCGCCGCUUGGCAUAUUCCAGCAGGGUAAUUAGGAUACAGAGGCUAUUCAUUUCGGCAGGGUUACCGUUUAUAACUGAAACGAACCUAGACCUUAUUGAAAGGCCGGUCGUUCUAUGCCACAAAGAAGUUAUAAGUUAAACUAUGAAAUGGUGCAUUUAAUUACUUUAUGCUUUUUUAAAUAGCUUGGCGACAUCUUUCGUUGGUGUAUUAAGAUGUCAAAUUGAAAAUGUUAUCUAUGAUAAACAUUUAAUAUGUUAUCUAUGAUGUAUUCUCAUGGAACUAGUAGGUACUCCGUUGUACGAAGUACUUAUUAAAUCCGUGUGUAUUCUAUCUAUAAAUAUAUAAUUGAUCUAAAGUUGCAGAAAUACUAAAAAAUAUACGCAAUGUAUUGCACGCAAGUAAUAUGAAACAAUUAUAGAAAAAAUAUUAUGUAAUUAAUAUCUAAAAUUAGAUAGAAAUAAUUUAAUCACUGUUAAUUAUAUCUAGUCAAACAAAUGUAAUUUAUUACAUUGGCUGAAAUUGUGUUAUUGUAGAAAUUAUUUUAGAAUUCUAGCCAUGAACCCAAUGUUUUAAGUUUAGAUUUCAUUCUAUUUUGUCCAAAGAGAAUGCGUUGGAAAUUCUUUAUCCAUCAGGCAGUUCUAUUGUUUCUGUCUUCCUCAGUUUCAUCAUUUACAAUUUCUUGUUUCCGCAUCAAAGUCACGGUCUUUCUUCUAUCUUGUCUCAUUUUGUACAUUUUACAUUCGUCAGCACACUUUGUUGUUAUGAUACUCCUGAAAUUAUAAAUAAUUGGAUUGACA